AUGAUCAACUACUCGGUGGUUCUGACUGGGCUGGUAACCCUUGGUCUUGGCAAGACACUCGCAGGAGCCGAAUGCCUGGACUGCGGCUCAGAAGAGGAGACCGUGCUGUUGCAGCGCAUGAAGUCUUCGGAAGACCACACUGCACUGGAAGCUGACCAGUGGAGGUGGCAACAGCAUGGCUACCCCAAGUGGGACUGCGAAGAUGACGUCCGUGAAGCGCAGCAGGACUGGAAAGAUGCCAUUCUCGACAUCUCCGCAGCAUACCGGGAGAAUACUUCCAGUGGAGACUUUGUGACCGUGGCGACUGAUGCCAUCGCAAACCUCUACGGCUAUGACAUUGGGCCGGUGAUCUUCAAGCCGACCCUUGCCGAGGAGGAUCCCUUCCGCCCCACUUUCGAUGGUGCGUUGUCAUACUUCGUUGGAAACGACGCCAUGCAGGCAUUCAACGGCGGUGGCGGCAUCCCAGAAGAUAAAGGCUUUGCCAUUGCAGGUGGUGAUACUUGGUCAAAGGUUUUGUUUUUCAAUGACCAGAUCAGCUGUGUGGGGGAUGUUGCGCUUGCCCAGGGGUACUACUAUUUCAAGAAUGCAACAUCCGGGGUGGAGACAGGCGUGGAGUACACCUUUGCGUACAAGAAGAUGUGGGAAGGUGAGUUGAAGAUCAUCGCCCACCACUCUUCACUGCCGGCUCCACUGCCAGAUCCAACUCCCAUUUCGACCCCUGCCCCGGCCCCAAUCUUGAUCCAGGAAGGGAAGAAAGGAGAUGCGGGCAAAACAGGUGCUUGGCGGAUGAAACCUUGGCCGGUAAAGCCUCUUUGGUGGCGUGGCCGCGGCAACUUCAAGAGGAGUUACAACGCGCCUAGCUGCGAAGAUCGUGUUGCGGCGGCUCAAGAAGAGUGGAAGGAUGCGAUCCUGAACAUCUCUGCCGCGUACCUGCAGGGCGGGACCAACUCAAGCUAUGAGCAGCUCGCAGUGGAUGCAAUCAGCAAGCUCUACAACUACGGCGAGUCCAAGGUGUUAUUUAAGCCUACCCUCGCGAUAGAGGAUCCCUUCCGCGAGAAUUUCAUCGGUGCCGCGUCUUACUUCCUCGGCUACAACGCCACGGAGGAGCAAGGAGGCUUCCCUGAAGACAAAGGCUUUGCUAUCAAUGCCGGUAAGACUUGGUCGGCGGUUGAGUUUGCGAACAAUCAGACCAUUUGUGUGGGGGAUGUCGCACUAGCCCAGGGCUACUACUACUUUACGGACGGAGUCACCGGGAACGAAACCGGGGUCGAGUAUACCUUUGCCUACGAAAAGAUGAAGAAGACCGGGCAGUUGAAGAUCAUUGCCCACCACUCCUCCUUGCCGGCAUCAUUUGGUCGAUGA